GUUGCAGGACAAACCGCAGAGCUUGGCAGCUGGCGAUGAGAGAGGGGACGCGUCGGGGAGAGAAGUUAGCAGAUAGUUGUUGUUGUUGUAGACUAUAACCCUUCGUCAAACUGUCGUAGACGUCGACAGAGGACUUCAGCUGCAUCGUUAUUGAAGACGAUCUGACAACAGAGGCAGCUGAUACUGUUGAAUACUGCAAUUAAAAGGACAGCCAUGCCAGCUCUAUCUCCUGCAUCCGCUGAUAUGGCCAGCUUACCCCCCUCACCAGUGGACAGCAGUCCCAGGAGGCUGUCCUGGGGCAAACUGGUGCAAAGACUGACUGAUUUCAGCACAUCUCCCAGCAGCAGCAGCAGCAGCAGCAUUGAGUCUGGGUCGAACAAUGGCAGCAGGAGUGAUCUCUCAGACUCAGGGUCAGAUGUCUUCAGUGACCUGUCUCCCUCUAACGAUGACCUGUUCUACGAUCCAAUGGAGGAGACCAUCCUCAAAGAAGUAGUGGACCUUAUCGCACGAAGCCUGAGAGAAGCCAAAGACUCAGACUGCGCUUUACGGUGCACAAAGCUGCUCAUCCCCGAGAAACUCCUGGAGCACAUCGGACAGGAGCUCCUUCACCUGGCAGCUAGCGAGCCUUGUGGUUUGAGAGGGGCCCUCAUUGACCUCUGUGUGGAGCAAGGGGCCGCCUGCGAGAGCAUGGGAGAGCUAUCUGUGGACCCCUACCUUGUCCCCACCUUUCAGCUGACUCUGGUGCUGAGGCUGGAGUCUGGGGGGCUGUGGCCUAAAAUCCAAGGACUUUUUAGCACAAAGUCUCCUUCCACUCCUGUAGUGAGACAAGCUAUUAAACUUAGCACUGGUUUCCGAGUUAUCAAGAAGAAACUGUAUUGUUCUGAAGAACUCGUCAUUGAGGAAUGUUAAGGAAUGAAAGGGACUGUAUGUUUUAUUGUCGGCAUUUUUAAAAAUGCCCUGUUAAGCUCACAGAAGGGCCUUAGUACUAUAACCACAUGUAUAUGAUGCCUUCUGAAGUGCAAGGAUGGACUUUGUCAUUGUGUAGCCUAUUGUUCCCACUUCAAGGGAGCUAAAGUUAUGGUACUUGGAGCAGGUGUGGCUCCUCACUGACAGAUUUUCAAAUUAAAAUGUGUAACCGUGGUGAUACAUCUGGUAAAUAGGCAUUUUGAGAGUAUUAAAGUGCGUACCUCAGUUUCUAUUGAAACCAGACAACGGCAGCUAGCUAUAUGGUUAUAGUCAUUUAAAACCAUUGUGUUCCUUUUUUUUAUUUUUUAUUCAUGGCAGUUAAUUGUGAUUUACUCCAAGUGAUGACUUGUACACGAAGCAAACAAUUAUGGACUUUAGUGACUGCUUGAAUUCAAGUGCAAAGGCCUACCACUGCUUGCCUUGUGCAGUUUAUGUGCAAGCUGCGGCAAACAUUUCAAAUGUAACUUGAUCUUGCGUCUGUGUGGACCUGUCCUGCUUUCAACUUUAUUUAUUUGACAUUCAAAUACUCUUAUCAUUGCACUGUUUUUUGUACUGUCAUGAUUUGCAAAUAAAUUAUUUUUUCUAACAGUU